UAUGUAUUCACUCUCAUUGCACGCGAACGUUGCUUGAAUAGCGAGGAAGCUUACAGGCACUGAAAAACCGUAACAAAAAACGCGCAUUAAAACUGACCUAUUAAGAAACACAGUAUUGUACAGUACCACUCAGCUGCGCAUUUGAGCGAGGUAGGUCAGCGGUUUUUAUUACCGUCUUGUGCAUCCGGUAGUUUGCAAGUGAAUCCAGGAAACAGGUAUGGCAGAGGCUCACCAGGCCGUAGCUUUUCAGUUCACAGUAACACCAGACGGCAUCGACCUCCGGCUCAGCCAUGAAGCGCUUCGACAGAUCUACCUCUCUGGGCUUCACUCCUGGAAGAAGAAGUUCAUCAGAUUCAAGAAUGGGGUCAUGACCGGAGUGUUCCCUGGAAGCCCUACAAGUUUGCUGGUAGUUGUGGUGGGGUUCAUGUCCACAACCGCGUACACAAAAACAGAUCCUUCAUUCGGGUUGAUAGCCAGAAUCGGGGCACACCUCCCCAUAAGUAGGUACCUGUCUGAUGAGAGCCAGAAGAUUGUGGGAGGAGUGCUCAUCGGCACCGGUCUGUGGGUGGCUGGUAUCUACAUCAUGCGCAGCUCCCUGAAGAUGCUGCUCUCCUGGCAUGGCUGGAUGUUCAGUGCACACGGCAAAGUGCCCAAGAGAACCCGAAUCUGGAUGGCAUUGGUGAAGCUUUUCUCUGGACCCAAACCAAUGUUGUACAGCUUCCAGACGUCACUCCCACGCCUUCCUGUACCUGCAGUCGCAGACACUAUGAAACAAUACCUGGAGUCAGCCCGCCCGCUAAUGGACGAUGAGCAGUACAAUAGAAUGGAGGCUCUUGCUAAAGACUUUGAAGUGAACCUGGGACCCCGCCUGCAGUGGUAUCUGAAACUGAAGUCUUGGUGGGCAACAAAUUACGUCAGCGAUUGGUGGGAAGAAUAUAUCUAUCUCCGAGGACGCGGACCAAUCAUGGUCAACAGUAAUUAUUAUGCAAUGGACUACCUGUACGUCUAUCCAACAAAGAUUCAGUCAGCUAGAGCUGGAAACACAAUCCACGCCAUCCUGCUGUAUAGAAAAAAGCUGGACAGAGAGCAAAUCAAGCCAAUUUUCGUCAUGGGAUCCACGGUACCCAUCUGCUCAUCCCAGUGGGAGCGUAUGUUUAAUACUUCCCGCCUCCCGGGCCAAGAGACAGACACGAUUCAGCACGUGAGGGACAGCAAGCACAUCGUGGUGUUUCACAAGGGGCGCUUCUUCAAGGUGUGGAUGUACCACGACGGGCGGCUGCUGAAACCCAGAGAGAUCGAGCAGCAGAUGCAGAAGAUUUUGGACGAUAAAUCGGAGCCUCAGCCUGGAGAACAGAAUCUUGCAGCACUCACUGCAGGAGACAGAGUGCCUUGGGCCAAUGCCCGUCAGAACUACUUCAGCAAAGGGAAGAACAAGCAGAGUUUGGAUGCAGUUGAGAAGGCAGCUUUCUUUGUGACCCUUGAUGAUACUGAGCAAGGCUUUAACAAGGAAGAUCCUGUGAGAUCACUGGAUAGCUAUGCCAAGUCUUUGCUUCAUGGAAAAUGCUACGACAGGUGGUUUGACAAGUCUUUCUCCUUUAUUGUAUACAAGAAUGGAACCAUGGGCUUGAAUGCAGAGCACUCCUGGGCAGAUGCUCCUAUUAUUGGUCACCUUUGGGAGCAUGUGUUAUCUACAGACAGUUUCCAGCUGGGAUAUGAAGAGGACGGGCAUUGCAAAGGCAGCACUAACCCCAAUGUGCCUGGACCCCAAAGACUACAGUGGGAGAUUCCAGAAGAAUGCCAAAGUGUUAUCCAGAGCUCUCUGAAGGUUGCCCAGGCACUGGCUGACGAUGUCGACUCCCACACUUUCCCAUUCAACAAAUUUGGAAAAGGUCUGAUCAAGAAGUGCCGGACAAGCCCCGACGCCUUCAUUCAGAUCGCCCUGCAGCUGGCUCACUUCCGGGACAAGGGCAAGUUCUGCCUGACAUACGAAGCCUCGAUGACUCGACUCUUCAGAGAGGGUCGAACGGAGACUGUGCGCUCCUGCACCGUGGAAUCAUGCAACUUUGUACACGCCAUGAUGGAUUCCCAAAAAACAAAUGAAGAAAAAAUGAAGCUGUUCAAUCUUGCGGCUGAAAAACACCAGAAUUUGUACCGUCUGGCGAUGACUGGGGACGGCAUUGAUCGGCACCUCUUCUGUCUCUACGUAGUGUCCAAAUAUCUCGGGGUCGAUUCUCCCUUCCUGAAAGAGGUUCUUUCGGAGCCAUGGAGGCUCUCCACCAGCCAGACUCCUCAGCAGCAAUUGGAACUGUUUGACUUGGCCAAUAACCCUCACCAUGUGUCCAGCGGGGGGGGCUUCGGACCUGUCGCCGAUGAUGGUUACGGUGUCUCUUACAUCAUCGUUGGAGAAAAUCUCAUCAAUUUCCACAUCUCCAGCAAGCUGUCAAGCCCGGAGACGGACUCUCACCGAUUCGGAGAAAACAUUAUCCAGUCCAUGCUUGACAUCCUCGCUCUCUUCAACCUCAACAAAAAGGCAGGCAAAUAAGUGUUCUGCCCCAGACGAGAAAAGAAAAACUGUUGGAUUGCUGUUUCAAAAUAGGCUUCCGUACGCUUGUACAGAAAUGUUUGGGCAUUUUUAAUCUUAAAAAAAUGAAACUGAAAAAAAAAAAAACAGUUAAUGUAUGUCAUGUUUAAUGAAGAUGUAUGUUUAAAAAAUGUAUUGGAAAAUAGUGUUGUAGCAAAUGCAGGAAUGAAGUGUUAAUAUUGCAGUCUUACACAGUGCAGUGUACAGUAACUGUUAUUAUUAGCUGCUAAAUUAUUUAAUGAAGUCAAGAAAAAACAAAAUAGUUCAAAAGCUGUUUUUAUUUUUCAUACUUCAGGUUUUUACCUUGGUCCAGAUGUAACGACAGUAAAAAAUAAAAGCCCCUCCCUCAGAAAGGGGUCGUGCUGUAAAUAAACGAGGAAUACGCACUGAUUCACACCCCCUGCAUGGGAAUGUGAAGAGGCUGAGGGUUCUCCCUUCAUUACUGUGGAAGGAAGCUUCAUAAGAAAGUUGUAUGGUAAAAUGAAGCGUACUGUUCACAAGGAUUCAAUGUAACAUUAUAAUACUCGCAGGUGAAAGUUUUAGGGGUGGCAGUGUAAUAUUGUACAGUACUGUACGUACUUAAAUCAUUAAAACAAGAAAGACUUGAGAACUACAUGCGAUUCCAGCCUUUACCUUUCACUUCUUGAUUUGUAAGUUGCACUGUAUGCAGUGGCAUUUUCACAAAUAUGUAAAACAGAAGGAAUGCCUCAAAGUGAUGAGAUUGUCCAAUAAAAGUAAGGUUGACAGCUA